CUUUCAUCACAAGUUUUCUUUCCUCCGGUUUCUUUAGAGAACACUCUGCAGAGAUGGUCAUGAGGAGUCUGGUGUUUCUGCUGCUGCUGGCUGUGAGCAGUGCCAAAGUGUUUGAGCGCUGCGAAUGGGCCCGAGUGUUGAAGAGUCAUGGGAUGGACGGAUACCGAGGCGUCAGCCUGGCUGACUGGGUGUGCCUGUCUAAGUGGGAGUCCAGCUAUAACACCAGAGCCACCAACAACAACCACGACGGCUCCACAGACUACGGCAUCUUCCAGAUCAACAGCCGCUAUUGGUGCAAGAAGGACGGCUCCCCUUCAAGCAACAGCUGCAACAUCAAUUGCAACCAGCUUCUGAGCGACGAUGUUGCCGUGGCGAUCACCUGUGCCAAGCGUGUGGUGAGGGAUCCUAAUGGCAUCACAGCCUGGGUGGCUUGGAACAACCACUGUGCAAACCGGGACCUGAGCUCCUAUGUGGCAGGAUGUGGUGUGUGAUCAGCUCCUGGAGUCCCAGCAUGCUCUGCUGCAGGCCAACAAAUGCUGAACACACUCUAAUGCAGCUAAUCAAUUCUCAUUAUUUUUCAAAUUGUACACCAUCUGUCCUUAAAUGUUCACGUUUGCUGAGGCAAAUAAAAGGUCAACAAAUAAAAUCUGUGUUCAAUCCA